ACUCAAAUUAGAUAUUCGGCGAUACAAAUCGUCUUUUCUUUUUGUACUUCCUUCUUGUUGAUAAAGAUACCAAUUGAAAGGUUUCGUAGCUAAAAAAAAAGGUUAAGUCGUGCCCAACGACUGGCGUUUAUCUACUUACCCCAAUCGCUUUGUGUUUUUUGAAUAAUUGUUUGUUAACAAGAGCAAUAAGGCCAUGGGAUCCCACCAGCAGCAAAGAGACAAAAUUGUCGCCGAAUUUGCCGCCAGCUUGAAUCAUGACCGGCGCGGGCAGCUGCCCAGCGCCUCACUGGAGCUCAAUGAGUGUAUGAAUACCAUGAUGAACCGUCAACGUCGUACCGUUGGUCCGUUCACCUUGCCACCGCUUGUGAGACCGCCACCGCCUGUCCACAUAUUCCAUCCAACGCAUUUCCAGGGAGGCGGUGAUCGGAUGGACUUUAAUCUGCAGAACAUAUUGCCGGCGAUACCUCGCGCUCAGUUGGCUGCUCGCAUCGGAGGCGGCGAUGGCGAGCUCCUGGGGCAUGGAUGGGGCCAGGCCGGAGUCCAUCAGUUGAACCACAAUCAGGUGGCGCCGCCUGAUGUGGGCUUUUGGCUGCACCCUCGCGCCGCUAGGCAUAUGAAUAUUGCCGUUCGAGUCCUCAGGGGCGACUUGGGCCGCGGUGUGGCCUUCCGCGGUAUGGAUGGCAAUGUCGCACAGGUACUGCGACAGAUGCGUGGCCAAAUUGGAGCGGGUGAUAGACCCGUUCUACAGCAGAAUGCAGACGUCAUGGAUGUGAUUUUCGGAAAUCCAGUGCGUCGACCCAGACAUCGUCAUAUUUUUAAUAAUUUCCGACAACUGCUGCGUUACGUUAAUCGCCGUCCAUUCGCCUUGGAGGAGAUUCGUGGCCAGAUCCUGCAAGCAGCCGCCGGCCCCGUACACCGACGCGGACGCCACGUUUAUGCUGGCCAAGCGCGAGCCGAAGUCGUGGUAGACCCGGAACCUGUGCUACCCGAACCCCAUGGAUUCAACGUAAACGAAGAUGCUGCCCAAAUCGGUCACGAUUCUGAUGGGAACGAAGAUCUCGAGGCACCCGAGAAACAGGAGGAACAGGAGGAACAGGAGGAACAGGAGGAACAGGAGGAACAGGAGGAAGUGGAGCCUUCUGACAACGGCAAUGCCAAUGAACUUGUCGGCUUGGAGGACACACAGCAGCCGAUGGCAGGGGAAGGAUCAGCAGCACUGCCCCUGGAUCCUCUCCACAGUGUACUGUUUCAGAUUCAGGAACGUCUGGGCAACAUUGCGGUGCAGAUGGACAGCUAUGAGAAGACGCUGCCAAACGAGCAGCAGCAGCGGGAUGGCGACGGCGAUGCCGUCUAGCCAGAUCUAGGUAGCUAGGUAGCAGCUCCCUCCCCCCCACACAGUGUUUGUUA